GGCUCCUUCUCGUGCCUCGUCAGCGAUGAAACGGAACGGGACGAAAGGAAAAAAAAAAAAAAGGUCUCGAGUCUCCCCUGUCCCCUCCCUCCCUACGCUCGCUGUAGAGGAAAGGCGAAGAUGGCGAUGACCGUCGAAGGCUUGCUGGACUCGCGUUCAUGUUCUCCACGAGUAUUCUGCUGCAGAUACUGGCAUGUGCUUUGUACAACAACUGGUGGCCCAUGUUAGCAGCUCUCAUGUAUGUCCUUGUACCAAUGCCAUGCCUGUUUUUUGGUGGUGGAUCCACACACUUCUUGACUAGCAGAGAAGGUGGAGGGUGGAUGAAUGCUGCAAAAUUCCUGACUGGUGCGUCCGCCAUGGGAAGCCUUGCUAUUCCAGCAAUUCUGAGGCAUGCUGGCCUAAUCGAAACGGGGGCAAUGUUCAUCGAGUUCACGUCCUUCUUCAUCCUUGUAUGCACGGUGCUGUGCUUCCAUAGGGCUACCCUGGAUGAAGACUGGUAAAUGCGCAUGCACGGAACCCCCUAAACCUGAAGAUUAGCCAUUCUGUGGCCACUUUUCUCCAUGCUAAGAAAACUCCUGACAUGGAUCUGUAUGUACAAAGAAGCAAAUUUCGAGCUUACGUAGCUGAUGUUUUAUGUAUACACUUGUUAAGAUUCUGUAGUCAUGUGGCAAUGCAGAUUGCGUUACGAUCACUCUGAUAAUUUAUUGUCGUCGAAUGUUCUGUGGUGAAGGAACCAUCCGUGUAAAACAUGACCGAGAGCAGAUACCCUACUUGGCUACUUAUGUCGUGGGCUUUGCGUUAACCUAUUAUGGAUGAAGUGAUGAACU